GUAUGUGCGACAUCGGACAAAUUGCGACCCGGCGAGUACGAUUUUUGUACGACAGAAUUCAGUCUAAAUUCACGUUAUUGGAGGUCUGAUUUCUAGUCUUCGAUAUCCUGGACAUGAACACUUAAGUGUAGCAUAUUUCUGCACUCAAAAGAACGAAGAAAGAUGGCUUCUGCUUUAGAAACGUACGUCAAUCGAAAUGUUGCAAUUAUCACUGCUGACGGCCGAACUAUUGUGGGUGUACUGAAAGGAUUUGACCAGACCAUCAACCUGAUCCUUGAUGAGAGUCAUGAACGUGUAUACAGCUCUACUCAGGGAGUGGAGCAGGUCUUAUUAGGAUUGUACAUCAUCAGGGGGGAUAAUGUUGCUGUGGUUGGUGAAAUUGAUGAUGACGCUGACAGUCAAUUAGAUCUCUCAAAAAUACGGGCAGAGCCACUUGGACCUGUUUCCCAUUAACAUCAGGACAGGAACAAUCAUAUUCCAGUAAUGUUGGUUGUGAAACGAGAUGGAAUGUGCUAUGCCUAUGUGAACUUUCUCCAUAGUUUCUGCCAGUCUCUAACUGAUGCUAAAUGCCAAGGAGGGAGGACUGGACAAAUUGCAGCUACAGAUUGAGUGUGUUUCCGCAUCACAGUUGGCCAUGUUGAUAAAAGGAGAUUGCCGCAGUUAGCUCUAGAGACAGAAAGAUGAAUGUUCAAAUGCUUUUUUGAAAAGAUAUGGACUCCUUUAACAUUUCCUUUGAUGCAAGUUUAAGAAACAUAUGAUUUGCUUUGGACUUGUGUUGGAAUUGUGUGCUGUAGUUGAAAAGUGAGGGAUCAUCUCAAUGUACAUUGAAGCUGAAAAAGGACAAAGUCAUUUCGUCUUACAGAAGGAAGAGGUGUGGUACAUAAUCUUAAUUGUCUGCAAUUUGGUCUCGUCAGCAUGUUUGUGUUUCUAAAUCUUCAAAUUCAAGUCACAAGGCCACUUUUACUUGUCUUUCAAAAAAGGGGAGGGGUGAAGUGAGAGACUAAAUAGUUUUGUCUUUUUUAUCUUCAGUGUAUUUUGGGGUGAUCCUGUACACUCUAUUGCAAUUGUGUGCAUUUUAUAAGGAUUACACAAUCAUGUAUAUGUGUGAAUCAUCUUUUUAUUGAAAUAAAAUAAUGGUGAAUAAUGUAGUUAUAGAUUCUCUCAGAUUCCACAUGUAAGAACACAAUAUUCCUG